CUGAAUUGACAGACGGACAAACUUCCGGACGUUUCCUGUAACUCAGCCGUUGUAAACAACUUGUGUUUCCGAAAUGAAUCGCAGCAUGUCGUCUGUCCGAGUUACUCGGGAGAAAAAAACGGAGAAAAAGAAACGCAGACGGUCUUCGUCUUCUUCCUCCUCCUCCUCCUCCAGCAGGAGCAGGUCGGCUAAGAAAAUUUCUUCCACGAAGAAGAAGUUGACAGAUGGGAAAGAGCAACCAAAGAGGCGGAGGACGCGAUCCUCAUCUUCAUCAUCCACUUCCUCCUCCUCUUCCUCCUCCUCCUCUUCAUCCUCCUCGAGUGACGAGAGGAGAAAGAGGAAGAAGAGCAAAGCCAAGAAGAAGAAACUGAAGAAGCAGAAGGCCAAGCUGAAGAAACAGAGGAAAAAGGAGAAAAAGAAGUUGAAGAAGAAGGAGAAGAAGCUGAAAAUGGAGGUGGAGGCGAUGCAGAGACCUCCAGAGAAACCUCCAUCCUACCUGGAGGUGAUGCAGCAUGAAGAAGAGGAGGAGGUGGAGCUGGGGCCAGUCAUGACCGACGAGCAGAAGGCCCGGCUCGCCACGAAGAGGCCUCUCACCAAGGAGGAGUAUGAGGCCAGGCAGAGCGUGAUCCGCAGGGUGGUGGACCCAGAAACAGGAAGAACCAGGUUGGUGAGAGGAGAAGGAGAGAUCAUUGAGGAGAUAGUGACCCGAGAGAAACACAAAGACAUCAACAAGCAAGCUACAAUGGGAGAUGGGAAUGCCUUCCAGAAAAAACUGGGAAUGAACAGGUAGAAGAAGAACCUCCAGAAGAAAACACAGACUGUUUACUUGCUGCUCGUUUCUAAGUCAUUCUGAUUCUUUUGAAUGUGUUGUAGAGAUUUUCAUUGUUUGGGUUUAGGUUGCAGGCAGUUUUCUUCAUGUUAUAAAAACCUGAAAGCAUAAUUUUAUAAGUUCUAACUAAUAUGAAACACAACAAAUCACAUUCAAAUAUGUUACUGUACACCCAUUUUACAUACAUAUUUGUUUGAUAUAAUGUAUUUUGUUUUUUGGAUUUGGACCAUUUUCUCAAUUUUUGUAUUUGUUUUUUGUUUUGUUUUGUCAAAGGAUCCUGAAACUUAUAUUUUUGAACUGUUCUGAGUCUCAUGUAUUCAAGUUUUCUGCCUUGGACAUUUUUUGCUCAACCUUUUAUCAAAUCACCUUUUUUGAGGCCAUUAAAUUCUGCUCUGGGGAUUAUUUAGGAUCUAUUUUGGAAAAUAAAGUUUGAUUUUUUUCGAGG